AUGGCUGUGAAACUUUGUUUCGUGACGGUUGGUGCGACCGCAUCAUUUGAGGGGCUCAUUCGAGCGGUUCUCCAAGACUCAUUCGUGGCCGAGUUGGAGAGGCAUGGAUUCACUCGUCUUUUGAUUCAGCACGGUAAAGGCGGCCAAGAGCUGUUUGAUGCUUAUCGCGCUGAAUAUGAAAACGGUCAGAAGCGCCAUGGCCUCGAGGUUGGUGGCUUCGACCUAUGUCCGGAUAUGACCCCGUACGUCAGUAUGGUACGAAAAGAUGAGGCGAACUUUCAAGAGCUUGGAAUGAUGAUAAGUCAUGCUGGGACUGGGUCCAUUCUGGACGCUCUGCGGGCUAGUGUUCCACUGGUCAUUGUACCCAAUCCCGAUCUUGCGGACAACCACCAGCAGGAGCUUGCUGAAGAAUUAGCUGGGCAAGGUUACGCCAUUGUUGGAAAGCUCGAUGAUCUACCCAGUGUGGUUGCCAAGGCCACAAACUACGGCGAACGCGCACCUUAUUUUCGGCGAGAAAACGAAAAACCAUUCGCGGUCAUGUCGGAUGAACUCUCGUGGACGGAGGAUUAG